CCACCACAACCAUCAAUCAUCAACUUGGACUUCCUCUAGACUACGUUCUUCAGACGAACAAGACCCCUAUCAAAAAAACCUCACAUCGUCAGCAUCGUCAUCAUCAUCAUCAUCAUCAUGGACGCUCAACCCUUGACCGACCGUUCCACCAACACCCACUUGGGCACCGCCGAGGAGACCGGCAAGCCGAUGAACUCAAUGGACUACCACCGCCAGAAGCUCCAGGGCAAGCUGGAGAGUGGAGCGAACAACCAAGCCAGCUACGUGUCGCCUUCGGACGAACUGAUGAGUCCUUGCUCGAAGAAGCUGAGUGACCUGAAGGGCAAGCGCUUCAAGAAUGCCGGCAAGCCCCAAUCACUGUUCGCCAAGCUGGGCAAGAAGAACUUCGAACAAUCCGCCGCGGCCGAAGCCCAGCGCGAGAAAGAGAACCCCGAGAGUGGUAUCUAGAAUCUUCAGGGUUGCUUUUCUUUUUUUUCUUUCUGAGUUACCUAGAGAUUAGUAUCUACCUUCUCUCGCGCGGGUCGUCGGAGAAGAGAUUUUCCUUUUUAUUUUUUUUUUUUUUGACUUUGAACUUUGAUGGAUGGAUGACUCGGACUGGGUUCUUGCAGCAUCGAUACUUGGUUUCACGUUCGGGAAUUGUUUCGUUUAUGCACGGGAAUGAUUAUGUUUAUGGUUUCUUUGAAAACUGCCCCGUUCUUGCAUUUGGACGGGGCAGAUGAAAUAAAUGGGAGGAAAAUACAACCGCGGUUGAUUGGAUUUGGGGGUUGGGAUACUGGAUGGACUUUGGAGCUUGGAGGGAGGGGUUUGAUUCAUG